GGGGCACCCUAAGGAGGAGAGACCUAUGGAGGGGACAGAUGGCAAGCAAGGGGGCACAGAUUGGGGUCCCCAAGACUGGUAACAACGUCCCUUUAGGGAAUCCCGAUGCCUGGCUGACCCCAUAGAUCACCUCCCAACAUGCACCAGGGAUACCCACUAACACCCAAAGUGGCAAGGGCUUUCUGCCAAAGAUGCCUGAAGGCCAAGUCUCCUUUGAAGCAUGGAAGAUCCUGGUUGGUGUUGCUUCUAACAGUCCACAUCUUCAGCAAUUGCUUCCCGACGAUGACCCGGGCUCAAGGGAGUGCAGCCACGACUCCUCCCAAGAAUACCACUGCAUCCGGAGCAAGUGGUCCCGCUGUCCCCAUCAGCAUCACCAUGCAUCCCAGCAUGGUCCACGUCGGGGACGACGUCACCUUGACAGCGGGAGGGGACGCAGAGGACCUGGUCUCCUGCACCUGGUACCGAGGCAGUGACCCCACCAUCACCCCCAUCAUGGCCUACAAGCCGCCCCCGGCGUCGGCCAUCGUGAAGCACCUCGCCUACUCCGGUCGGGAGUUUGUGGGCCAGGACUGCUCCCUGCACAUCGCGCAGCUGAUGCCCUCCGACACCGAUGUCUACACCAUCAAGAAGAACACCUCCACGAGGGUCACACAAGGCAACAUCAGCUUGGAUGUCAACGACAACGAUCAGCAAGCUAAAGGAUCCGGAAACAAAGGUCUCACCAGCGGGAUCCUCGGAGGCCUUGUCGGCGGCAGCGUUGCGUUGGCUGUGGCUAUGGGGGUCCUUCUGUCUUACAAAAUGAUUAUGAGAAAAAGUUCUGCAGAAGGAGCUCAGGUAGCACCAACGCCAUCAGUUCAUCAAUCCAACUUGUCUGCCACUCCGAAAAAACAACCGUCUACAAUGGCCAAACCUCCGCAACGAGGAAGUCCAAAGCCCAACGUUAGGAAAGAAACCGAACCCAGAGGCAGAGGCAGAGGCAGAGGCAAACCAGUUCCAAGUAAAGGUCCUGCCAAGAAAUGACUCCAAUCUGGAAGAACAUCAUCCAGCCAACGGAAGGGUUGACACUCCUUCCUUCCCAGACGGGAAGAAAAGCUCGUUCCACUCGUUCAAUCAGGAGAAAAUAACAAAGAAGCUCAUGUACACCCUGACACCAUUACGAAACAUUUUAAAGACUGCAACUUAUCCACGGAGGGAAUAAAAACACACCGGUGGUCA